AUGAAGCUAAAGCAGCGAGUUGUGCUGUUGGCCAUCCUCCUUGUCAUCUUCAUUUUCACGAAAGUUUUCCUCAUUGACAACUUGGACACCUCGGCUGCCAACCGGGAGGACCAGCGCGCCUUUCACCGUAUGAUGGCAAGCCUCCGCAUAGAACUGGACCCCCGGCUUGACCACACAUUGCAGUCCCCUUGGGAGAUUGCAGCCCAGUGGGUGGUGCCCCGGGAGGUGUAUCCCGAGGAGACGCCAGAGCUAGGGGCUGUUAUGCAUGCCAUGACGACAAAGAAAAUAAUAAAAGCUGAUGUAGGAUACAAAGGGACCCAGCUGAAAGCUUUGCUAAUACUUGAAGGAGGUCAGAAGGUUGUCUUCAAACCCAAGAGAUAUGCCAGGGAUUAUGUUGUGGAAGGAGAACCAUACGCUGGCUAUGACAGACACAAUGCAGAGGUGGCAGCCUUUCACUUGGAUAGAAUUCUGGGUUUCCGACGAGCUCCGCUGGUGGUUGGCAGGUUUGUGAAUCUACGUACAGAGAUCAAACCAGUAGCCACCGAGCAGCUUCUGGGUACCUUCAUGACUGUGGGUAAUAACACUUGCUUCUAUGGGAAGUGCUACUAUUGUCGGGAAACAGAACCAGCUUGUGCAGAUGGGGACAUCAUGGAGGGAUCCGUGACCCUGUGGCUACCAGAUGUCUGGCCUCUUCAGAAGCAUCGGCACCCAUGGGGUAGGACUUACCGUGAAGGCAAACUUGCCAGGUGGGAGUACGACGAAAGCUAUUGUGAUGCUGUGAAGAAGACUUCACCGUAUGACUCGGGCCCUCGUCUUCUUGAUAUCAUUGACACCGCCAUCUUUGACUAUUUGAUUGGGAAUGCUGACCGGCAUCACUAUGAGAGUUUCCAGGAUGAUGAAGGAGCCAGUAUGCUCAUCCUCCUGGAUAAUGCCAAAAGCUUUGGAAACCCUGCCCUGGAUGAAAGAAGCAUCUUGGCUCCUCUUUAUCAGUGCUGCAUCAUCCGGGUUUCUACCUGGAACAGACUCAAUUAUCUGAAGAAUGGAGUACUGAAGUCUGCCUUAAAAACUGCUAUGUCGCAUGACCCCAUCUCACCAGUGCUGUCUGACCCUCAUCUGGAUGCCCUAGACCAGCGGCUUCUCAGUAUUCUGGCUACAGUGAAGCAGUGCACAGACCAGUUUGGGCCAGAUGUUGUGCUGGUGGAAGACAGGAUGACUCUGUCUCAUUUGUAAUUGUAGUGGAACACAGAGGAAAUUCCUUUUUUAAAAAACAAACAAACAAUCAAGCGAUAGAAAAACAGCACAAUCAGUUCGGAAAGGCUGUGGCCAAGGUGGACAGGAAAGCUUCCGAGCCAGAGAAACAGAGGUGACACUGGCUUUUACCUGGGGCUGACAGCAGUGAGAGGUGGGAAGUUGGAGCCUGGGACGGCUCAGUACCCGUGACGGCAUCUUGGCCGUCGUGAAGUGUCCAUUGCCGGCAGUGGACAUUGCACUGGAUAAAAAUGGCUCUUGGUGUUGGUGGAAGUGUGUGGAAUACAAACACUAAUUUGUGGACUGAAUCUGGAGGGGACAAAUGGAGGUGAACAGUACGAUCCUCUCCCCUUCUCUUCCCCACAUGUACUCUUGCGAGUUUUUGUUGAUUCAGGGUUGUACGUAAUCAG